AUGUUCUCCACCCAGAGGCCCACCUCUUCCUGUGUUUACAGAGCCCAGUGCAUGGCCUGGGGCAAAGAGGUUCACCCCCAUGGCUGGAGUCGCUUAGUCACAUUUCUUGGGUUGUCACCCAGCCUCAGCGGGCCCACAGUGCUGCCCACAGCUGACCCAGGGGCGUGGAGCCCAGCGUGCUCACGACCAGAUCAGAAGGAGGAUGACAGCCAGGUGUCUUCAACCAGCCAGAGACCUGGGAAUUCAAAGGCACCAGAAGCCCUCUGGGCCUCUGUCAGGACCCUUUCUAAGUAUCAGGAGGAGGAAACUUGUAUUCGCAAAGCUUGUCAGCCCUGA